UUGACGAAAGCUCAAACAACAACAAUAAUAACGAUGAGAAUGCCAAUACAUUAAUAAAUAGGAAUAAUUGGAAGUUACAAUCUGGAAUCACCGUCAAGAGAUUAUUAAAAGAAGCGACAAAUCUCAGUGGACACGUAAUGAGGUUGGAGAAUUGGGGAGUAAUUAGAUGUGGAUUAAACAUUUCUAGACCCAAAUGGUGUGCAGAAGCUGAUUAUAAUGAAAUCCAGCAAAUCUGUAAAAAAAGGCACCAUAUAUUUCUCCUUCAAGAACAUUAA